UCAUCCUGCGCAUCAGUCGUUUUCUAAUCGACCGAGAGGAAAAUACCAGAGCAAAAUGAAGUGCUUACCUGCGAUUAUCGUAGCCAUUGUUCUGGUUACAGCUGAGGCCAAGGUUGUGCCAACCAGUGAAAAUCAACAAACCGACACUCAACCAGUCCAAUUCAGCGAUUACAUCAGAGAGGCCCAAAAUAAUCUAGCUGCAAUGACAAGUCAGCUUCAGGAACAUUUAAACUUGCCUAAUCGAGAUGAGUUUUUCAACACUAUGAAGGAACACAGUACCAAUUUAGCCAAUAAUCUCCAGUCAUAUAUCACAAACACGACAGAAGAGGUUAAAGCUAAAGCCCCCGAGCUCGAAAAUCUCUGGACAAACGUGAAGAACAAACUGUCUGAAGCUGUUGAAAAAUUGAACGUUAAUCCCGAGACUGCGGAACAGGUAGCUCAGCUGCGUACUAAGUUUCAAGAAGGUGUCCAAUCCAUCGUGAGCGAGUCCCAGAAUGCCUUUGCGAUUGCUAAUGAAAAUGCCGGCAAAGUGCAAGACGAUUUUAAGAAGAUCGCUAAGCAGAUAGCGGAAAUCGCAGUGCAUGAAUCUCAAAAUUUAAGUAAUCAGUUGCAACAAGCAGCGACGCCACAACCGCAAAAUUAAGAAGAUCACUUCUUAAAUUAUUUGUGUAUGAAUAUCGUAAAGAAAAAUGCAAGGAAAUCGAAUCUCGAAUCAGCUUGAUAAUCUCACAUUGUAUUGUAAACAGACUUAAUAACUGAUGAAUGAUUGUUAUCUAAUAAAUAUACGUGAUCGAUUGUC